ACGUCGCUCUCUGAUUUGAUGGGACGGUCCCGUUAAUCCGUUCGGCAAGCAAUGGAGCGCACGAGGAGCAUCAUCGUCCGCCACAGAGAGCGUUUUAUACGUAAUUGUUUAGGAUGGAUAUUUUGGGUUUUCAUCCUGAACGCGUUCGUGGCGUCUUCGGUUAACCUGCGUCAGUGUAAAGAGACGGACUACUACUUUCAGUACACCGAGUGUGACAGCACUGGCUCCAGGUGGAGGGUGGCCAUUCCUCUCAAUCCAGGAGAAUGUACAGGAUUACCAGACCCUGUGAAGGGCACCGACUGCACAUUCUCCUGCAAGGCGGGGGAGUUUCUGGAGAUGUCUGCUCAGGAGUGCACUCAGUGUGCUGCUGGCACUUAUUCUCUGGGCAGCGGCCUACGCUUUGAUGAGUGGGAUGACAUUCCUUCUGGAUUCAGCAGUCUAGCCACCAACCCUGAUAACUCAGCCAAUGAAGACAACUCAACCUCCUGCAGCAGUGCAAAGUGGGCUGCUCAGGGCUCAUAUCUGGAAUCCAACAGGGAUGAGUGUACAGUUUCUCUGAUCUACACUGUACACUUGAAGAAGCCGGGCUCAGUGUCCUUUGACUACCAGUAUGUGGAUAACAGCAUCUUCUUUGAGUUCUUUAUUCAGAACGAUCAGUGUCAAGAGAUGGACCAGGAUUCAAGUAAUAAAUGGAUCAAAUUGACCAAUCAUGGAGAGUGGGGAGCACAUAGUGUGAAUCUUAAAUCUGGCACUAAUAUCCUGUACUGGAGAACUACUAGAAUCUUGCUCGGCUCUAAAGCAGUCAAACCUGUGCUUUUGAAGAACAUCUGGAUUGAAGGUGUGGCGUACACAUCAGAGUGUUUCCCAUGUAAGCCUGGUACUUUCAGUCACAGCCCAGGCUCGUCCUCGUGUGAUUCCUGUCAACGGGACACAUACUCUGGCCGUGGGGCAAGCUCCUGUACACCCUGCAACACAAAAACACACUACGCCUCAGAAGGCUCUGCCAUGUGCAAAACUAGACCUCCGUGCACCGAGAAAGACUACAUUCAGACCUACAGCACCUGUGAUAGUGAUGGAAAGACUCGGGCCAUAUAUAAGUGGGUAGAACCUCAGAUCUGUUUGGAUUCUGCUCCUGAUGCAGUAACACUGCCACCUUCUGGUCAACGCAAGCCAUGUCCACCAUGUAAUCCUGGUUUUUAUAACAACGACACUGCCACUUGUUCUCCGUGCCCACCCGGAUCUUACUCUGACGGAGUCAAAGCAUGCCAGCCUUGUCCAGCUGGCACGGAGCCUGUCCUCGGGUAUGAGUACAAGUGGUGGAAUGUGUUGCCUGCCAACAUGAAGACAUCCUGCUUCAACGUGGCCAACAACAAUUGUGAUGGCUUGAAUGGUUGGGAAGUAGCCGGUGAUCACAUCCAAUCAGGAGCAGGUCGUUCGGAUAAUGAUUAUCUCAUAUUAACUCUCAGAGUGCCCGGUUUCAAGUUGCCCUUGUCAGUUCGAGCCGCGUCCGGCAGCGAGUUUGGCCGGAUCACGUUUGAGUUUGAAACCAGCUGUAAAGCCGACUGCGAGUUUUACUUUAUGAUGGAUGUAAACAAAAGAAUCACGAAUGUGGUCGAAUCAUGGGAAGGGAGUAAAGCCAAGCAAAGUUACACGCACAUCAUGACUGAAAACACUUCGGCUUCCUUCACCUGGGCUUUCCAGCGAACCAGUCAGGCCAGUGAUGUGCGUCAGUAUGCAAAUGACGUUGUGAAGAUUUACUCCAUAACUGUGAGCAAUGCUAUGGAUGGAGUGGCGUCUGCAUGUCGGGCCUGUGCCCUGCAGUCUCAGCAGGCUGGUUCCUCCUGUGUGCCAUGCCCAGCUGGACACUACAUUGAUAAAGAGACCAACCAGUGCCACGAGUGCCCUCCUAAUACCGUCCUUUCUGGGCACCACAUUUAUGGCAAAGAAAUGUGCCAGCCGUGUGGGCCUGGAAGCAAAAGCAAUAAGGAGCACAGCGUGUGUUUCAAUGACUGCUCGUUCACACACACUGACCACAAUCAGACCCUUCAGUUUGACUUCAGCGCUCUGGCAUCUGCUGGCUUCAUCAUGAACGGGCCCAGUUUCACUGCCAAAGGCACAAAAUACUACCACCUCUUUAAUAUCAGCCUGUGUGGAGCUGAGGGCCAUAAAGCAGUUUGCAGAGAUAAUGUCACAGAACUAUCUAAUGAGGACACAGAGGGUGGUCAGAGUGGCAGUUCAGUGGACGCUUUCCUCUGUCAAUCAACCAUUAUACCAUCAGAUGGGCGGGGCUUAAGAACAGCCCUUUCCUCGCAGUCCAUCAGCCUGGCGGACACUUUUCAAGGAGCCACUGUGGAAAAAUCACUUAACGGAGUGACCGCUAGACCAGAACUAUUCCCAUCUCCAUCAUCCGAGAAGAUCCCAGACGUCCACUUCUUCUACCGAUCUCCACAGGUCACAGCCUCGUGUCAGAGAGGCAGAAAUGCAGUGGUCUCGCUGCGCUGUAACCCAGAGAAAACUGAGAGGGGAGAGAUAUCUGUGCCCAGUGCGUGUCCUGCAGGCACCUGCGACGGCUGUACGUUUCUCUUUCUGUGGGAAAGCUCCAGUGUGUGUCCACGCUGUACUGAGGCUGACUACCACGCCAUUGAGGGAGCCUGUAAAGCUGGAGUGCAGGACACAAUUUAUGUGUGGACUGAACCUCGGCUGUGCACCAGUGGCCUGACUCUCCCUCUGAAGAGAACGUCUCCAUGUGAGGCCAUUGAUUUCUGGCUGAAGGUGGGCGCUGGGCUCGGGGCGUUUUGUGCUGCUCUGCUCGUCUCCCUGACCUGCUACUUUUGGAAGAAAAACAAAAACUCUGAUAGGCUGGAGUAUAAAUAUUCCAAACUAGUGAUGUCUGCCAAUAAAGAGUGCGAGUUACCGGCGGCCGACAGCUGUGCCAUUAUGGAGGGAGAAGCAGAGGAGGAAGAGGAAGCGGUUUAUGCCAAGAAGUCAUCCCUUCUGGCUAAGCUAAAGGCUGCUGCUACUAAGAAACCCCCCUCCAUGUAAACCUACUAGAUUACCUCACCGCUUGUGGCGACCUGAUUGCUAUAGCGACGGCUUGUUGGCACAGUGUGUUGGGGGUAUUGGAGAUGUGACAGGCACAGAAACGCUCUGACGCCGAGGGUAAGGUUUUAACACAACACCACUGACACGGAGAGCUGCCUGUGAAUAGCACUUUGUGACAUCCAACAAACCACUUUUGACACUUUUAACAUACAGUGAGCCAUGAACAGUUCCUGUUGCUGGAGAAACGAUCUGUGAGGAGGAGGAAGUCUUUAAUAGAUAGUAUGACUGAUGUUGAAUGGGGCUACAGUUGAUGUACAAUUUAGAUGUAGAUGUAUGCAAUGUAGAGAUGAAGAAAUACUUGCUAUUAGGGACACUGUUGGAUGUUUAAGGCAUAGUUCGCACAAAAAUAUAAAUCGUUAUGAGUUUCU